AUGGCAGGCAAAGUACGAUAUUUGGAUUCGAGAGAAGAUGAGCAAUUGAGAGGAAUAACAAUGGAGGCUUCUGCUAUUUCUUUGUACUUCAAGGUAAUGAAAAUGCCAAAGGAUAAGGAGGAGGGGGGGGAGCUGCAGCAACAGCCACAAAUAAAAGAGCAUUUAAUCAACUUGAUUGAUUCUCCUGGUCAUAUUGAUUUUUCAUCUGAAGUCAGCGCAUCGUCUCGAUUAUGCGAUGGUGCGAUUGUUUUAGUUGAUGCUGUAGAAGGGGUUUGCUCACAAACAAUUAAUGUGUUGCGCCAAUGCUGGGUUGACAAAUUAACACCUCUACUAGUGAUAAACAAGAUGGAUCGGUUAAUAUUAGAGUGGAAAAUGAGCCCACUCGAAGCCCACCAACACAUCUCGAGGCUAAUUGAGCAAGUCAAUUCCGUGAUUGGAUCAUUUUAUGCAGGAGACAGGUUGGAGGACGAUUUGAACUGGAGAGAGGCGGGAGAAGUUGGAAAGUUUAUUGAAAAAGAUGAUGAGAAUUUAUACUUUAUGCCAGAGAAGAAUAACGUUAUAUUUGCGUCAUCUAUUGAUGGCUGGGCAUUCUCAAUAAAUACUUUUGCUAAAAUAUACCUGAAGAAAUUGGGGUUUUCACAAACGGCAUUGUCAAAGACUCUCUGGGGUGAUUUUUACUUAGACAUGAAAAAUAAGAAAAUUAUACCAGGGAAAAAAUUGAAGAGUAAUACCAACUCGAAACCAUUGUUUGUGUCCCUAAUUCUAGAGCAGAUAUGGGCAAUAUAUGAAAACUGCAUUUUAAAUAGAGAUCAAGAAAGAUUGGAAAAGAUUGUAGAAAAAUUGGGAGCAAAACUUUCUCCUCGAGACUUGAGAUCCAAAGAUCAUAAGGCAUUGUUGAACCAAAUUAUGUCACAAUGGAUACCGUUGAGUCAUGCUCUUUUGGGUGCUGUUAUCGACUACCUCCCAAGCCCGAAAGUUGCUCAACGAGAACGAGUUGAUAAAAUACUAGAUGAGACAUUCUACAAUUCGGUAACAUCGGAGAAGCAAGGAAACGAUUUAAUAGAUCAAGGUCUCGUUGACGCAAUGCGAGAGUGCGAUAGUUCAGAUCCAGAAAACCACACUAUUGCAUACGUAUCCAAGCUAUUAUCGAUACCUGACGAUGAGUUGCCAAAAGAAAUGAGUUUUGGAAGUGAUGCUACUGCAGAAGAACUAAAGGAAAGAACACGAAUAGCAAGAGAAUUAGCAAGGAAAGCGUCUGAGGCUUCUGCAGCAGCUCAAGAAGCAGCAGCGGCAAGCCAGCAGGAGAAUGAGUUUAUUGUUAAACCCAAAAAAAAUGCUUUUGAAUGGGAAUUUGAGGAAGAAGAAGAAGAAGAAGAAGGUGAGGAUAACUAUGCAGAAGAAAAACUGGAAACUUUGGUUGGGUUCUCGCGUGUUUAUUCUGGAGCUUUAUCAAAAGGUCAAAAGUUGACUGUGGUUGGUCCCAAGUAUGACUCUUCUUUACCAUGUAAUGAUACCAGAAAUAUUGCUCAAGUGGUCAACGAAGUCGAGAUUAAAGAUUUGUUUUUGAUAAUGGGACGAGAAUUGGUUAGAAUGGAACGGGUUCCUGCGGGUAAUAUUGUUGGCGUUGUUGGUUUGGAUCAAACAGUUUUGAAGAAUGCAACCAUUUGCUCUCGAUUACCUGAGGAAAAAUCUUAUAUUAAUUUAGCCUCGACGUCUACUUUGAUCCACAAUAAGCCAAUAAUGAGAAUAACACUAGAACCAACCAAUCCAAGCAAACUUGCUAAACUAGAGCGGGGAUUGGACUUACUUGCAAAAGCAGAUCCUGUAUUGGAGUGGUAUAUCGAUGACGAAUCUGGAGAAUUGAUAGUAUGUGUUGCUGGUGAGCUUCACUUGGAAAGAUGUUUGAAGGACUUGGAGGAAAGAUUUGCUAAGGGAUGCGAGGUUAUUGUUAAGGAGCCAGUCAUUCCCUUUAGAGAAACAUUGGCUGAUAAUAAGAUAAAUCAGGAAAGAUUACAGGAAGCGAAACAAGAACAAGAAGAAGAAGAAAAAGAAAAAGGAAAAGAAAAAGAAAAAGGAAAAGAAAAAAAAGGGGGUGAAGCUUUGGAUGAAUAUGAGGAUAGCCUUGUUAAUUUGGAGUUUGAAGUAUCCCCGCUAAGCUCGGAAGUAACAAAAUUUUUGAUUGAACAUGAGAGUGCAAUUAACGAGAUAAACAAGCAAGACAGAAACAAGAAAAAGACCGAGUUUAUUGAACUGGGCAAGAAAAACUUUAUGGAGAAAUUGAAAUUGUUGCUUGAGGUGGAGGAGAAGAAGGAAGACGAGAAGAAGUUUUAUGGAUUCAAGAGUGCUACAGAAUUUGUCGAUAACAUCAUUACAUUUGGUCCCAAGAGAAUUGGUCCCAAUAUCUUUGUUGAUGGAACAAGUAAACUCAAGCAUUUGUUUUCUGAUAAAUUGCCAGACAAGAGAUUUGAGUUUGAGAAUAACAUUUUGAACGGAGUACAGUUAGCUCUAAAUGAAGGGCCUCUCGCGUCGGAGCCAUUACAAGGAAUCCUUGUGAUAUUGAGAAAAGCCGAGAAAAAUAAGACUGAUGAAGAUAAACCUAUGAACCCAGGAAAAGUUAUUAGUCAAACCAAGAGCUUGAUCCACAAACAAUUUUUAAUGAAAUCUCCCCGUUUGUUACUAGCAAUGUAUACGUGUGAGAUUCAAGCUGCUGCUGAAGUCUUGGGUAAAGUCUAUGCAGUUGUGCAAAAGCGUGAAGGUUCAAUUAUAAGGGAAGAGAUGAAGGAGGGCACACCGUUCUUUACCAUUGUUGCCAGGAUACCAGUAAUACAAGCAUUUGGAUUCAGUGAGGAUAUUAGGAAAAAAACUUCUGGAGCAGCGAGUCCACAACUAGUCUUUGACGGGUUUGACAUGUUGGAUAUUGACCCAUUUUGGGUGCCUCACACGGAAGAAGAAUUGCACGAUCUCGGUGAGUUUGCCGAAAGAGAAAAUGUAGGAAGAAGGUAUAUGAAUAGCAUAAGGAGAAGAAAGGGUUUAUUUGUAAAUGAGAAAGUCAUUAAAAAUGCUGAGAAACAAAGAACACUAAAGAAAGACUAA